AUGGAUGAAUACAGCAAAAAGAUUUGCAAAUUGUGGGAAGUUCUGAUGCAGGACCUAUGUGGUGGCCUUGGAUUGGCUAAUGAAAAUGCUCUUCAUGAGGCAUUGGGUGGAGAGAGGAAGGAGAUUCACUUCACCAUAAACUACUACCCUCCCUGCCCUCAGCCAGAACAGGUGUUGGGCAUCUCAGCUCACUCUGAUGUGGAUGCACUCACAAUUCUCCUUCAGGACCAAACCCCAGGCCUGCAAAUUCUCAAGGGCGAUGCAUGGCUUGAAGUUCCCUGCAUCCCAGGUGUUCUUGUUGUCAAUAUUGGUGAUCAAAUUGAGGUCAACACUCUCAUAUUAUCUCUAGACAUAGAUAUUUGA